CGCCGCUCGCGAUGACCCCCCUCCAACGAUUCCGGGGUCUUCGCGACCCAAGCGUGACGCUCUACGCCGACGAUGGAGGGGAGCUACACACCACCUCCUCCGUCCGGGCGUUGUUCCACCUCUUUCUUCCCCCCUGUAGGAAUCACGGGACUGAAAGAAAGGUUAGAUUUCUGUUUGCCUUUCUGGGCAUCUCAGUCCGAACACGAUAAAGAUUCUGAGAGCACUGUAACAAUUAUUAUUAAACGAUUUCUCUGUCUCUUGCUCUGAACAGGAAUUCCUAUCAUCGUUGCAGAUCAAAUACGAUGAACAUAGAAUUGGAGAAAGGUGGAAUCUUUGUGCGUGAAAACUGCAAUCAGUUGCAGCAGCAGGUUGAUUCUCAACCUGCCUGAAAAAGGGAUCGGCUUUUACGAAAGAAUUAGACUGGACUCAAGAACACCUCUGAACUGAACCUGAACACAGCCGGAAUGCUUGGUAGAGACUUCUGUUUCUGAAUUUAUGAAAAAUUUUGUUGGAUACCUAUAUUUAUCCUUGGUCAUUUUCUUAAAUGAUAUCUUCUUGUUCAAGUAGUUUUUUGUGCUUUAAAAUUUCAAGGUGUGUAAGAGUGUAUGUAAUAUAUUUACAUGGCCAAAUUUUAUGUGAUAUUUCUGCUUUUCUACAAUAUCUACUUUGUGUCGUGUACUUGUGUGCCUGAUAUGUUGCUCCAUGUUAUAUUUCUUGAAGGACAAAGGUUCUGAUGAGGUUGUACUCAAGGCCAUGGGAAGGGCUAUCAAUAAAAUUGUCAUGGUUGUAGAAUUGAUCAAGGUACUCCUGAAGACUCUGGUCCUUGCUAAUAUUACUGGUGACUUGAUUGUUGAUUGUGUGAGAAUGUCGGCACCAAAUGGAUGGGGGCAAAAUGUGAGGAUGGAAUUGGGAUCCUGUUCUAAGCUUGGAUGUUUAUGGAAAUGGCGUCCAAGUGAAAUCUCAGUGCUGGACUGUAGGGUUUACAAAUGCGGUGCCCGAGUAGACUGAGUAUGUAUUCUCUGGUUGUAUGUGAACCCUAUAUGCUUACUUAAAAGCAGAGCAGCUUGUUUCCACAAAAACUUCUCUCUCGCGCUAGCAGCUGUUGGUAGGAAUGCAUUCGAUGAACAACGCUCUUGCUCGGCGAGGCAGCCCUGAACAGCUUGGUAAGCACAUGCUUAGAGUGGCCACUGAGCUAGCAAUUCACUAGAGAAAGGGGAACCUGAUGGAUGUCUUUUCUUGUAGUUUACUCUUCGCACACUACGGACUUCUCACAGUUUUCUUUGCUUAUUGCUUCAAACGAUUUUAAAAAUUAUGCUGCAUGCAGUUUCUUGUCACCUGACUGCUCUGUAGAGCUAAGUUUGUAUUUUUAACUGAUGUUCCUUUAACUCCUUUUCCCCUGAAACCAAUAUCUAUGCUUACACAAACAGUACGUUAUCCUUGUUUUCCUUUUUUAAAUUCAUAGCCUCAUUACUUACUAUUAAGUUAUUCUCACUCGAUUGUAUUGUACUUUUUAUAUUCAGAUUUCUACAGGACGAGGCUGGGAUCUCAAGGGCUUAUGUCGUGCUUCAUAGAUGGAGAGGUGGGCGACAGCAAACCAACAAGCCGCUGAGACCUUUGCAUAGGUUGGGUCGCGUUGCUUCCCCUGAGUGACUGAGUAGCCGUAUCUACUUGGUCAGUAAUUUUGGUUGGCUAACACCGAGUUUCCUUAUCGUUCUCUCGUGGUCUUUGCGAAGUAUGGUACGACGCGGCUUAAUGUGGACCUGCUUGAUGGCUCGGUCUCCUAUUCAGAGCCUGCAUCGGAUUGGUAUGCAUCACCGGUUCACUCUAAAGACCUUGUUUUCAUUAUUUUUCUACUUGCGCUGCCUUAAUAUGAAAUGCAUCAUUGGCUAAUUUAUUAAUAGUAGCUGCUAUGCUUAUUAGCCAGGACAUCAUGGCGUGCAUAUGGCUGGACCAAAUCACCUAGCUGACAAAAGGUCGAACAAGUACUCCAUCAUUUUCAAUAACAGGUAUUUUCGCUAUACUGUUUCAGUUUUAUAUCUGUUGCCUGAAAUUUUUGUAGUGACAAUAAUUUAGACAGAACAAAUUAUCCUAGAACAUUAAUACUGCAAACAACUCUGCUAUUAGUGGAGAAAUUCUACACGCUGAUAAAGUGUUAGAUGAAAUGUCAUAAUGGUGCAGAGAGAAAGAAUCUCUUGUGGUUUUUAUUGAUAGCGAGGAUGAGAUCACCUUUUCAUUACAUCUCAAUGAAGGUUCAGCGAAUAAAUUUGCUCAUGUUGAUGCCAUAAAUACGGUUAGCUGAAGCUAUUUCAAGUGGGAAGAUUUUUUACAGAAAUACUUCGGAUAUGUGUGACAGUGAAGAAGCCAUAAAACAAGCGAAAGGUUAUCAAUUUGACACCUUUGUUUGAUUACAUCCUAUUAUGUAUUUCAAAGCUGAAGUUGGAAUACUCAUAGUUGUUCUUAUCAUUAUUGGUUACUUGUGCAAAUUUUUUACCAACCGGUUUCUAUGCUACAUUUAUCUUCUACCCUCCUUUUAUUCAACAUUACCUUGCAACUCUGCAGCCAAGGAUUAAUUUGUGACAUAGAAUUGGGACUGCUCUGUGGAAACAAAGUCACCCUUGUUUGAAUUUUCCUCAACUCCAUCUAGAGGUAACGAUUCUUCUUGUGCAGCCCCUUGCACUUCAGCCAUGUUGUUUUCUGAAGGAGAGACUUCUGAUGCAGCAAGGUGAAAUUCUCUGAUAUCCAAAGCAUAGCCCCCAUCUGAUUUUACUUCAUCGUGUAUGCUUCUUUUGACUUCAUCUCUUUUGGGUUUCUCUAGAGACUCUUAUGAUGCAACAAGCUGAUGUUCUCCAAUAGCCUGGACACUGUCCCCAGCUGAUGUUAAUUCACCCUUAAAAGAAGUUAGGGGAACCUGACUUUUAGCCGAACCUUCAUGCUGCAUGACAUUUUGCACUUCAACUGCACUGCAAUCAGGAGGAGACGCUUCUAGAACAGUAGGUUGAAGCUGUCUGCCAUCAAGAACAUGAUUUCAUCUGCUUUUGCUGGCUUUUCUUCCAUUGUUUCAGCUUGACCUCUAUUGCAUUCCUGAGUAGAGUCAUCAGAUGUAGCAAGACAAUGCUGCCCAAUGGUUGAGACAUCAUUCUCAUUUGAUGCUAGCUGCCUUUCCUCUGCAUUUUUUUUGAAUUUUGACCCUGUUACAUUCCUGAGCAGAGAUGUCUGACACAACAAGGCAACAUCAAACAGUGAGGGAAAACAGAGGUUGUUUUUUUAAUGCCACUGAUGAGAAGGAGUUGCUGAAUGCAAUUUUCAAGCCUGCUGUUGAGUAUCCUCACGCGGACAAUUUAGCUGGCAAGGAGACAAGGCAGCGAUUGAGUACCAGGAUGAGUCUAUUCAAUGUCGCUGAGGCAACAGUUACAAGAUCCUGGAAGAAAACCCGUGGCAGCUCUACACUACAAUAAGGGUGAUAAAGAUGUCUCGCCCAAUGGAAGGUUCACGAUGUUCCCCAUCCUCUGCUCAAAAGUCUUGGCGUGAAGAAUCUCCCAGCUGUAAUUGGCCGAACCGUGAAUGGUGAGGAGCUCCUUCUGAAGGAUGGCAUUUCGGUGAAAGAUCUCAGAUCUGGUGUCAAGGAAUUGAAGACACUGCUAGAUAGUAUUGAGAAGAAGAAUAAGAAGUUAUUAUCGAAUCUAGCUAAUAAGAAACCUUCCGGUCAAUGGGAAGAAAUCAAGAAGAUUCCUCUGCUCACAGCUUCCAAUUUUGAGGAAAUCAAGAAGACUCCAGUAUGCAUCAUUGGUGUUUUCGGGUCAAACAAAGCCAAGGGGCAGCUUGAAGCAGUCCUGUCUGAGAUAUCUAAGAAGACUCUGAUAAGGGGGCAGAACUAUAAUUCCAGAAAUGUUGUCUCCUAUGCUUUGCUGGAUAAGGACAAACAAUCUGCAUUCCUGUCAUCGUUUGACAAGUCUGGAUACAGGUCAUCUGACAAGCUGCUCAUCGCCUACAAGGAACCCAUUAUUAUUAUGUUAUUAUUAUUUAGAACUGAAGGAAGAUUUGGAUGCAAUGUUUCCCAUGUGAAUACAUACAGUGGAAUUGCAGAAAAAUCAAUGGAUAAGUUUGCUGUAUUGAUAUCAUCUUUCAGAUACCCCGGCCCCCAUGCCAGUGGCCUUCGUGCUCCUUUAAAGGAUGUGAAAAACACACUUUUUGUGAGGUAUGCAGCUCUAGAACCUUUUUUCAGACUUGAAACUUCUAAGGAAAUUAAGUAUGAUUGGUUUACUUACUGGCGACAGUACAAUCUUGUUAUGAUUAUGUAUCUAUUUUUUAUCAUUCACGUUACAAACAUGUGAACCAAAAAGUACCCUACUGUCAGUUCAACAUAGGUGCAAAAAUCACUUUACACCUAUAAGGCUUGUACCUGGCACACUUUCAUUCUAUCAUUGUACUUUUAUGAUCCUGUGAUCCCUAGCAUGGUUCUAAGGCCCAAGUAUAUUCUUUUCCCUACCUUUGUGCAAAGCCUGUAAUGAUGUGGCCGAUAAAAUUCAGGAAGUGCUGGUGAUGUGUUGGAAGAUAACCCUGUUGGGAGGCUCAAGGUUUACGUGCAUGAUCUCCCCAGUAAAUACAACAAGAAGCUGGUGAAGAAGGAUCCUAGGUGCCUGAACCACAUGUUUGCUGCUGAGAUCUUCAUGCACCGGUUACUGUUGUCAAGUGCUGUCCGAACAUUUAAUCCUGAAGAAGCAGAUUGGUUCUACACUCCCGUAUACGCCACAUGUGAUCUGACUCCUUCGGGUCUUCCCCUUCCCUUCAAAUCUCCACGCAUGAUGCUCAGCGCAAUUGAGCUGAUUGCCACGAACUGGCCUUACUGGAACAGAUCAGAGGGUGCAGAUCAUUUCUUUGUCACGCCACAUGACUUUGGUGCUUGCUUCCAUUAUCAGGAUGAGAAAGCAAUCGGGCGGGGAAUCCUUCCCUUGCUUCAGCAUGCUACACUGGUUCAGACCUUUGGACAGAAGAACCAUGUCUGCCUGAAGGGUGGGUCCAUCACAAUCCCACCAUUUGCACCUCCCCAGAAAAUGCAGGCUCACCUUAUCCCCGCGGACACCCCUCGGUCUAUCUUCGUGUACUUCCGUGGUCUGUUCUACGACACCAGCAACGAUCCUGAGGGUGGUUACUAUGCGAGAGGUGCUCGUGCAUCAGUCUGGGAGAACUUCAAGAACAACCCGCUCUUCGACAUCUCGACUGAUCACCCAUCGACUUACUACGAAGACAUGGAGCGUUCAGUGUUCUGCCUGUGCCCCUUGGGCUGGGCUCCAUGGAGCCCCAGGCUGGUGGAAGCUGUGGUUUUCGGCUGCAUCCCGUUGAUCAUCGCCGACAUUGUCCUGCCCUUUGCGGACGCCAUCCCAUGGGAGGAGAUCGGUGUGUUUGUCGCCGAGGAGGAUGUCCCGAAGCUGGACAGCAUCCUGACGUCCAUCCCAACAGAUGUUAUACUGAGGAAGCAACGUCUCCUUGCAAAUCCAUCGAUGAAACAGGCCAUGCUGUUCCCCCAGCCUGCUCAGGCGGGAGAUGCAUUCCACCAGAUCCUAAAUGGGCUCGCGCGCAAGCUCCCACAUGGUGACAGCGUCUUCUUGAAGCCCGGGGAGAGGGUCCUGAACUGGACCGCCGGACCGCCAGGCGACCUGAAACCUUGGUAGCAUCUGCCUGCCUAGAACCUUUUUGGGAAAAAAGCAAGAAUGAGAACAUGGUGAUAUACAUACAUGCACCUUUAAGUUACCAUGGUUGUAAAAAAGCAAGAAUGAGAACAUGGUGAUAUACAUACAUGCACCUUUAAGUUACCAUGGUUGUAUACUUGUAUAGUGCUGACCACAAGCCAAAUGUACAUUUUG